ACUGAGUUUGUGGCCGUUUGUGGUUAUGGUUUCCGCGGCGUUCCUCCACGCCGCCGUGCCCGUUCUUCGCCGCCGGUCGGCUGCUCUCGACUCGAGCUUCUGCAAUCUGCGGCGGUUCACAUCGGAAAGUUUGUUUGCUUCAUCUUCCAGAAGGUGCAAACGUUUUGUGCGGCCAAUUUUCGCGCAGGCUAGGCGAGGCUUUUCUUCCGUGGCUAGGGGGGAAGCAGUGGCGUCUCCGGCUGAUUUGCGAUUUGAAAGUCCGCUUAAGAUUGUGUUGUAUCCGGACCCAGUUUUGCGAGCCAAGAACAAGAAAGUUAAUACGUUCGAUGAGAGCUUGAAAAAACUUGCAGAUGAGAUGUUCGAUGUAAUGUACAGAACUGAUGGAAUUGGACUAUCGGCACCACAAGUUGGGGUUACUAUUCAGCUUAUGGUGUUUAAUGCAGCCGGUGAAAUUGGUGAAGGAGAGGAGGUUGUUCUUGUAAAUCCACGCAUUAACAGAUAUUCGAAAAAGAUCGUGCCUUAUAAUGAGGGCUGUUUAUCCUUCCCCGGCAUCUAUGCUGAUGUAGAGAGGCCGGAUUCAUUGAAGGUUGAUGCACAGGAUAUUACCGGUGCCAAAUUUGAAAUGAGUUUGUCUGGACUUUCUGCGCGGGUCUUUCAGCAUGAAUACGAUCAUCUCAAGGGAGUCCUCUUUUUUGAUCGAAUGAGCGAUGAAGUUCUUGACAGCAUUCGCGAGGAAUUGCAGGUGUUAGAAAAGAAAUACGAGGAAAAUACAAGAUUGACAAGCCCCGAAAAGAUCGAUGUGCAACGUCCGCGAGGUAGAAGAAAGAAAGCUGUUGGUUUUGGAAAAUCAUGAUCCUUUAUCCCUUCGUACAAACAGUUUUUGCCAUUCAAUUUUGUUGUUGUAUUAUGUGUUGUUGAUCAAAAUUUCCAUGGAUUGCUUCAAUCAUCAAGAUAUAGGUUAAGAUUAA